CCUUUAAGACGGUGAUUCUCAUAUCGAAUUGGUCAUCGAUUUCGUAACUCAUUUGCAAUAAAAAAAACUUUGACAAUAAAUUCAUUUCUCUUUCUUUUGUAUUUUUCGACUUUGAUGUAAAAAAUGAAGUCCGCUUUCAUCACAUCUGUUUUUCCGAUCGUGAAAUUCCGAACGUGAAAUUUUUUAAAUUUGUUGUAACCUGUUAAAUUUCCGUGAUCGCUUUCAUAUGAAACCACCUCACGAGUUUCAUUGAGUACGCACCUCAAAGAGGCACCGCGAUCUUUCGUCACAAAUACACAAGUGACAGAUCUAUGAGCGUUCACCGUUGAAUCCAUUUUCCGAUACGUGCGUUUGACAGAUGAUUGACUGUCAGUGUUCUACACAGUUUGACGUAUACUGAGAAUUGAAACCGCAAACGGAGCCGACAUGGAGGCAGUGCCGAGAUUGCCAAUGAUAUCUUUUCAGAUGCAAGUUAGUCCGGAACCUACAACUUUCGGACCAAAACUCAAACAGUACAUACGAGAUUUUUACAACGAAGAUCCCGAAUCAUACAACAAUGAGAUACAUCAGUUGGAGACCUUACGCUCGAUGGCAGUUAGGCCACCCAUUGAUAUGGCUGGUUGUGUAUUGUUGAAGAAAUAUUACUGUCAGUUGCAUUUUCUUCAGAGCAGAUUUCCCAUGGGCAAGGACGGACCAGCUGCGGUUACAUUUACGUGGAAAGACUCUUAUACAAAUGUAGUGUGCGUACUGGCUAAUAUUCGUUUUGAGAUAAUGUCUAUUUUGUUCAACAUUGGUGCAAUGCACAGUCAAUUGGGUGCGCGUACUGAAAGAAACAGCGCCGAUGGAAUGAAGAUGGCUUGUACUCAUUUUCAAUGCGCAGCCUGGGCUUGCGAACAUUUUAAAAACAGUUACUCCCAACCGUCUGGUAUGGAUUUAGCAUCGGAAUUGAUGACGUUUAUGCACCAGCUUUGUCUGGCGCAAGCUCAGGAAUGUAUAUUGGAAAAAAGCAUGCUGGACAACCGGAAGCCGACGAUUGUGGCAAAAGUAGCAAAGCAAAUAGUGGACUACUACUCGAUGGCACUGGACACAUUGGAGCAAGGUGGAAGCGAUGAAGGAACCGUUGUGUUCGAUGCCGUAGGGUCUAAGCUUUAUAAGAGCUGGAAACGAUACGUUAAGUUUAAAAAAGCGUAUCACUCAGCGGUUACGUAUCUCUAUCAGGGUCUCGCUGCGGAAGAGCAGAGAAAGAUGGGAGAACGAGUGGCGUUUUAUAAUGCUGCGUUAGCGUCUCUCAACGAGGCGCAUACAUUUUGCGAUUUCUCAAACUCUAAAGAGGAAAAGGCUGCGGUGGAAGAAUCACUUACGUUUACGAACGACGUGAUCGAAGGCAAGAGAAAGGCGGCUAAGAACGAAAACGAGUUCAUCUAUCACGAAGAAGUGCCCGAAAAGGAAAUGCUUCCCACAGUGAAAGGUGCUUCUCUAGUCAAAGGGAUAUCGUUUAAUAUAAAUGAUCCAGAGGUGUCAGGACAAGACAUAUUUGCAAGAUUAGUUCCUAUGAAGGUGCAUGAAGCAAAUUCUCUUUAUUCGGAAGAAAAAGCCAAGAUAUUGCGUUUUAUUGGAGCAAAAAUAGAUGAAAAAGAUCAAUACCUUAACACUUACUUAACUUCUUUGAAACUGGAACAUCUGAAUUUAUGGGAUCCUGAUGUGCAAACUUCAGAAUGGGACGGCCUACCUUUCCCGGACGAAUUGGCCGAACGAUGUGCGGCUCUCAAUGCGAAGCAACAUGUGAUUCAGGAUCUGGUGGAUAUUAUGGAGAAGUUAUCCGAAACGAGUCAAGAUGUUGAGAAAGUACUGAAGGAAAUAUUCAAACUUCUGUUGGACGAGGAACAGAAAGAAAAGCAAUAUCAAGAUGCGGUAGGUAAAAGACCGCCAUCGAUAGUAGCGACUGAUUUAACUAGAGAGGCUAAAAAAUACGAAGAGGCACAUAACAAAGCGUCCGAAAGCAAUCAAGCUCUUCAUAAAGCGGUGACAAUGCAUGUGAAGAACUUGAAAAUUCUCGCGCAACCGUUGGGGGACCUAAUGACGCAUAUUCCCUCACCGAGCAUGUAUCACUUAGAUCAAGGUUCUGAAAAAUCACAGAAUGCGAAAGAAAUUGAAAAAAUGCAUACUAAAGAGCUGAAGCGUAUAUUGAACAAAGUGGAUGAAAUGCGAAGACAGAGACUCGAUUUACACACCGAGUUGCGAGAACAAAUUGCCAAGGACGACCUAACACGUUUACUGGUCACGGCAACAUCCGAAUGCGCUCCUCUGGAUCGUUUGUUUGCGGAUCAGCUUGGCAAGCAUCAAAGUUUGAUAAAUUUAAUAGAGCAAAAUCUCGCCGCGCAAGAUAACAUACUGGCAGCUUUAACGGACGUUUACGCGCAAACCGCUAAUACACGGAAAAAUAUCGAGGACAUAUUAAAACGCAGAGAAAUCACAGUAUCGUCUUUGAUCAAUUCUUACGACGCUUAUGAAGAUCUGUUGGCGAAAUCGAGCAAAGGUUUAGAGUUUUACAGAAAAUUAGAAAUAAACGUAUCGAAGUUGCUACAACGAGUUAAAAGUACGUGCAAGGUGCAAGAGGAAGAACGAGAGCAGAUACUCGCGCAGGACAGUGGUAAGAAUACGUACGACAAGACUGAUGUAUCGUCAAUGCCGUCAACUUACGACCAAGGCCGUCCACGUUCCGGUCCGAAAUUGAAGGAUUAUCUGAACAGCAAAGCAACGGAAAAGAACGCUACCGGUUAUCAGAAUCCUUAUUACAACUUUUACAAAGAACGUACCAAUGCAAUGCUUGGGACAAUGCAAGCGGACUCGGUACAAAAACCAAUGACAACCGACAUGAGCGAUAAGAAUUUGAUUCAGUCUCCGAGUUCGAUACCUCCGUCAGAAAUGUCGUCUUCGUCCGUGAAAUCGUCGCAACCCUAUCACGCCGCAGCGUACAAUGAUUACAGAACCAAUUCUCCGUACUCUUAUGGCGCUCAGACGUAUUACGAAAAUCAGAUCGCGAGCGGUGCGAUAAAUCAAAACUACUUGCCGAUUACUAGCGCAAGUACCACGAACGCGUAUCAGCAACCGGCCAUGUCCGUACCGGUUGCGUCGAAUUCGAAUGCACAGUAUCCCGCAAGUUCCUAUUUGCCGAAUGAACAAACCUUAUCCAUGUCCGCCACCGGACAGGACAAAUACCGCGGUAUCUCGCAUUCCACCUACAAUGUUUCCAACAACGCUUUGCAGUACGAUUCUUAUCAGUCACCAACGAAUUACGGUGGUUACAAUGUCGCAACGCCGUACGUUCUUAAUCAGGAUCAAACUUCCAUGGCGGUUAAAAGCGCGGAGGUACCUACGCAGAUUCAACCGGUAGCUCAAACUCCCAUUACCACGAUCGGUUCCGUUGUCGCGAGCAACACCGCGUCCGUAGACGGCCAGACUUCUUACGGAAUUGUGCAUCAAGUUCAACAAUACGAUAAUCAAAAGACAACAUUGAGUCAGGAAAUGUCUCAGAGCGAUCAGAACGUUGUUAGAUCACAGCUACCAAUGAAGGACAAUGCGCAGAACUAUUCGCUUCCUCAAACCGGUCAUUCCGAUAUGACGUAUCCGCAAAACUAUUCGAACGCCGCUUAUUACAAUCCAGUUCAAUACGCUACGUACGACUCAAACGUCGCGCCUCCGACGCAAUACAUGCAGUCGCAACAGCCGAGCAUGAGCAAUCAACCUGUACAUUCCGUGGCGUCAACGAACGAGACUUCGACGUCGUAUUCCCCGAAUUUGCACGUUGACAAUUCCGUUCAGUAUUCGCAGCAAACCAAUGCGGAACAAAGUAAACAGAAUUACGCGGACAAAACGUACAACGCCGCUUACGGUGCGCAGAUGCAAGCGAACGCGGUCAAUCCGAAUUAUUCAAGUACCUAUCAGAAUUAUCAACACGACACCACCGGUGUGCCGUAUCAACAGACUAACAUUUUACCCGGAGACACGUCUAACGUUUACGCUUAUUUAAAUAGCUCGAGUGGUUCCGAAAUAAUACAGAGCCACGUGAAGUCGACGACCAUACAGAGUUAUCCGCAAUCGUAUCAAUAUCCGCAGUCGCAGCAGGCUUCUUAUCCGGGUUACGUACAGUAUCCGAAUUACUCGCAGGAUCAACAAAAUUACGCUUACGUGCAGAACGCUCAGGGAACAGGAGGCGGCACGCAGGUGGCGUACGCUUAUAAUCCCGCCGGUCAGGCGCAGCAAGGCUACGCCUAUACGUCCGAUUCCCAGAAUAUCCAGACCUCGCAAACGUUUGAGACGACGGUGGAUCCUUCCGACGUCACGUCCGGCAACGGUUAUCAACAACAGGAUCUAAAUUCGACGUACACGAAUGCGGGCAACAACGCUAUAGUCAGUCAGACAUCGUCCUCGCAAUACAGCCAAGUUUAUCAAUCUCAAUCGGAAAGCGAUACGUAUUACACAACACCUUACGGUCUUCAAAUGCAGGUUCAAUCUGGUUCCACCGCAAGGCCUGAAAAUUACACCAAUUACAAUCAGACGUAUAUGCAGGCCGUCAACAACGGAACAAACACAACGACAAGCGCAAACCCAAUGAAACUCACGACCAAAUCCGACGAAUUGAAGUCGAAUGUCGAUCUGCUUGCCGACCUCGACAUCACUAUAAAUCAUGCACCUCUGGUACCGGAAGUGCGACCUCUUUCCACAGUGCAGAAGAAAGAAGAAGAAACGGAAAAUAACGCGGAAAACGGUAAGGCGGAAAAGAACGAGCAGGACGAAUCGCUUAAGACUGAACAAGAAGUUUCCGCUGAUAAGAAUGAAGAUAAGAAUGAUCACGAAAAUUUACAAAUCGUGUGGGAUACUUGGUACAACGACGUCCAACCGAAAAAGGAUCCCUUGGGAGAACCGACGGCGUUGCAAAAGUUCAUCAAUGACGUUGAGAAAUAUGAAAAAUUUGUAGAUAGUUUACUUGUAAAAACUCUCAGCGGAGCUACGAAUCUUGAUAUUAAGUGGAAAGAGGUUCAAGACUUUGAAGAACGAGAAAAUGGAAAACAAUCCAGCACCGUGGCGCUGGCACAUUCGUCUGAAAAUCGAACGGUCGACUGUAUUCCGUACGACACGACGCGAGUGCAGAUUACGUCGUCGGACGUUUCGUCGUCGUAUAUAAACGCAUCUCAUAUUAUGGAAAUCACUCAAAGGAUACCGACAACGUUUAUCAUAACUCAAACGCCAUUACCGGACAAACUGGACGUCUUUUGGACGAUGAUCUGGGAACAAGAGAGCGAAGUUAUCGCAUGUUUGGUAUCUGAUGCUCAGAUGAACGGAGAGACAUAUUGGCCCUUGAACGAAGAGAACAACUUAGACGUAGGAAAUUUUACAAUUUCGUUAAAAAAAGUGGUUAAUUACACGUCCUACAUUCAACGAACUUUUUCUAUACGACAUAACAAAAAGAAAUCCGAGAGGAUCAUUGUGCACAUGCAGUUUCUCGUAUGGCCUUCUAAUGGUUUUCCAAGUAGUCCCGGCAGCUUACUUACAUUUUCGAGCGACGUGAUGACGGAACAAGCGUUACGACGUUGCUCUCCCAAGCCCGUCGUUGUACAUUGUUUAGACGGUGGUUCAUUGAGUAGUUUGUUCUUGGUUGCCGCUGCAACGGUGUGUCACAUACGAGUGGGCUGCGGAAUAGUUGACGUACCGCUAGUCUUCAAGGGUCUUGCAAAAUGUCGCAAACAAGUCGUGAACAAGGAAUCGUUGUUGUUUGCGUACAGAUUGGUGUUAUAUCACGCUCAGGAUAGUUUAAUGAAACGCGGAAUCUUGUCAUCCACUCGCUCCACGUUCGAAAACUUCGACGGAUUCAAAGGAAACAAGGAGAAAGCAUCGAGAAAGUUGCAGUGCCACCCUUCGGACGAUUUUCUUCACAAUCUUGGCGUGGGUAUGCAACGUUCCGAGUCUGAACAAGAUUUUGAGAAUGCAAAAAAAAAAGUGUUCGUUGCAGGAAAAACGCAAACAAAUGAAAACACGUCGAAUAAGAAUCCAACGUCGUCGCGAGAAAAACCCAACAGCGGAGUGGUCGUCGAUCCCUUGAGCCAACUGGAUCCUUUGUGGUCUAUUCGCAGAUAAUUUCUAGCAUUAAGAAGUUGUAUAAAUUUGACUACGCAAUUUAAAACGGACGAUUUAUUUAAACGAAAUACAAACCAUUCCUGUCUUUGUUAAAAAAAAAAA